AUGAUGAAAUAUUCCACAAAUCAAGUCAAUUACGCAGAUUUAUUGCCAAUUGAAACGAUCACCAUUUCUGAAAUAUCUACAUACAUAACGAAGUUUGAAAGUUCCAAGAAAGCAAAACUCAUUGAGGGAAGUAAAACUUCAGAUGAAGUGAAACGGAUCGUCAUCAAGUUGAACCAAUUAGAUAAGUUAUAG